AUGGUUUGUGGAAUUCUUAGUUUCAGCUCUGCUUUAUCUCCAAUCUCCGUAUCUCACUAUAGAAAUAGAACAGCUCCCAAGCUCAAGACUGAUCUUUCUUCUUCUGUUACACUUGGAAUUCGAUGCUCAAGUUCUAGCUCAGAUGUGCCUCAAACCUUUGAAAAAUCUGAGAAUGAUGCUGCUAUGACUGGUGGUGCAUUUGACUUCACAAGAGCAACAACAUCACUUACAGAUAAUAAGUCAAUCGCUUCAUCAAAGAAGGUAACUCUUGUCCGGCAUGGCCUUAGCUCUUGGAAUGAAGAAAGUAGAGUUCAGGGAAGCUCAAACCAAUCUGUCCUGACAGAAACUGGAGUGAUGCAAGCAGAGAGGUGCAGAAAAGCCAUUGCAAAUAUGCAUUUUGAUCAGUGUUAUUCGAGUCCAAUAUCUCGGGCCAAGUCCACUGCUGAAAUUAUAUGGCAAGGGAGAGAGGAGCCGCUCGUUUUCCUCGACUCCCUGAAGGAGGCUCAUCUGUUUUUCCUUGAAGGCAUGAAAAAUGGUCAGUCUGCUCGUAAUUUGGAGGCAGAGGAUGCCAAGCAGAGAUAUCCAAAGGAGUAUGCAACAUGGAGAGAGGACCCUGCUAAUUUUUAUGUGAAUGGAAUCUAUCCUGUAAGAGAACUGUGGGGAACAGCCAGAGAGGCUUGGAAGGAGAUCUUGUUUACACCUGGAGAACAUGUUUUAGUCAUCACUCACAAAUCAAUUUUGAGGGCACUGAUCUGCACAGCUUUAGGGCUAGGCCCUGAGAGAUUUCGUGCCAUUGAUGUGAACAACGGUGGAAUCUCCGUAUUCAAUUUCAACAAGAAAGGAGAAGCAAUGAUUCAAUCUUUGAACAUGACUGCCCACAUGUACAGUGAUCAUGUCUAUCUUUACUGA